GGACUUAUCUUUCCAUUAUAUAUCAUUAGAUACACAGGCUGUUGUUGAGUCCGCCGUCAUGCUGGGGGCUUCACGACACGAAAAAUGAAACCCGAACGAGGCCGUUUCUAAUUUGUGUUAUUUAAAAUCAAAACAAACGACGAGCAGUGCUCGUGAACAGUUGGAUAUUUAUUUUUUUUUGCGUUUUAGUCUGUUUUGGACAAUUAACCAGAAACUGUGGUGUAUUUGUGUUAAUCAACCCCAACUGGGACAUCAACGCUACGAAACAGCAUACAAUUUUGUGUUACACAUAAAUAUAAUUAAAAUGCGUUUUAUUUUUCUGAAUAAACAUGUUUAAUUUCGGCGAAAAUAUAUAUAUAUUGCUAUAAAAAAGAUACUUAAUGAAAAAAUUAAACCACGUUGAUCUCUUAUUUUUAAAAUGUAACUACAAAAUGUAUAUGGCACGAGGUAAAGGAUAUCAUGGCAUUUGAACAAGAGCGUAGGUGAGGGCAAUGGCUGACAAUCCCACUUUGUUCGCAAACAGCAUAACAUCAAAUAAAGCAGUUGUUUUAAUUAAAUGCUUAUUGGACUGUAAACGGAAUUUAAACUUUGAUCUCAACACAAAUUAGAAUAGUCUCUGCGAAAACUGAACUACAGCGAUGCCAAGACUUUGUGCAUUGCAGGUGUAGACAAAUUAAUAUAACUAUGUUCAUCUAAAAGUAAAAAAAAAUGGGAGAGACAAUUUUUUAUUUCCUGAUCCUAUGGUAGCGUGUCAGGGUGAACCGGAAGUAGAAUGUACAUCAUGACGGACCCGGCGACGGACCCCAACAUCGAGUACAUUGUGAUCACAUUCUGGGACAAGGUUGCAAUCGUGUGUGGAGCUGCUGGACUAUUUUUCGUGCUUCUGACGUGUAUGCUUUGUACUCUGUGUCCAGAGUGCUUCUGUCCCUGCUAUGCCGACAAAAAAAACAAGAAACUCCGCCGGGAUGUUACUCGCGCAGCGUCUCAAAGGUCGACCUCUAGCAGAGGAAGUUACGGGUCAACGGAAUCCGACUUUGUGUACGGUCCCUCUGACGUCACUGAUAGCGGACCAAUCAAAUGGACGCCACUUGACGUCAUCAGAGAGCAGGCCGGUGAUUGGUCAUCUGAUGCGAGCAGUGGCCAGGAUGUGAUAUUAUUAGAUAAAAACAAGAAGAGAAUUGCCGAUUUACCCAACGGCGUGCACAACGGUGACGUCAACAAACACAGCGGAUCCUCGCUUCAGAAGGGAAAAAUAGAUUUCGUCUUGAGUUACAUACUGUCAGAUGAGAAACUUAUUGUGAAAAUAAUAGAAGUACAAGAUCUUCAAUUGGCCGAUGGUGGCGAAUUAGCCAGUCCAUAUGUGAAAAUUCGAAUUUACCGCUCGCCGAAAGCAUUUUUCACUUUCCGGGAAGUCGUGAGAGCUGAUGCAGUAAUUAGUAACCUGGAAACUGAGGUGAGAACCCGGAUGAAGCGUCCCGGUGACGUCAUGACGUACAAAGAGUCAUUCGAGAUUGCUCUCGAAGCCGAGGCCUUGAGAUUCACCACAGUCCGUCUGCUGCUUUGCGACAUGGACAAGCUCUCGCGUCACGUGACCCUAGGCGAGACUUCAGUAAUUUUGAAGAAGGAGAAGUUGCAUACUGUUCACGAAUUAGCGUAUUCGAAAGACUUAAUGACACCUGUUAAGGAGCCCGUUGGUCGGGUCACGGUGGGGCUCAGCUACCUCCCGACCUCCGAGAAGCUCUAUCUGACCCUAGAGUGCCUGCAGGACCUGAAGAUCAUGGACAAGGUCACCGGGGCCACAGACGCUUGCGUCAAAAUCUACCUGAUGUACGAAGGAAAGCAACUAAAGCGAGUAAAGACCACGGUCCGGGCCGCCAGCAUUAAUCCAGUCUUCCACGAGAGUUUCUCUUUUGACGUCCCGAAAUCCGAGAUCGAUAAUGUAUAUUUCUCCAUUCUGGUGUGUCAUUACCACGCCGAGCAGAGGGGGACGAAAACCAUUGGGCGAGUGUAUCUGGGUACGAAUUUCGGGAGCGAAUCACGUGACUUGUGGAGUAACAUGCUGCAGAAUCCGCGCAAGAAGAUCGUGAAAUCGUUCGAAAUAACCAAUUGAUGUGAAAUUGACAUUAUGUGAUAUAUUCAUAUAGUGUGAAAAAACAACUUCCUCCAAAUAAUUUUUUUUCAUCGUUGCUUGUCAACCCUACAGUAUAAUACACAACUAUUUAUAUUUAGAUCUACCGGUGAUUAGAGCGUGUUCGUGCUGUUAAGGCGUGUUGAGUGUCUACACUUUUUCAUAUUCCAGUAGUAUAGUUAUACGGGUUAUUUAUUGGUCAAUGAAGUCAAUGGGGCAUUUUGAUGGAUAGAAAUUACAGUGAAUAACGUGGACGUGAAAGAGAUAAAUUGCUUGAAUGAAAGGUGUAUGUUGCAAUUAUUAACUAAGAUUUGUGACGUUUUUUUUUAUUGUAUGAAUUAUGUUAUGGCGAUAAAUUGAAAUUGUGUCUAUAAUAGCAGGUAUCUUGUUGAAAUCUGCCAAAUGUUGUAUGUACAUACUGUGGGUUUAAAUUACACUAGUAUAACAUUGAUCACCAACAAUUGAUUUCGUUCAAAAUAGUGUUAUCCUUUUAUUAUUCGAGCAAUUAUUGGGUGUUUAAGCCUUUGAGGAAUUCUUUGGAUAAAAUGUAUUUAAUUUUAAAAGUUAUUUUUUAUAAGAUAGUUUCAAAUAUUUAAUGUUGUUAUAUAUUUAGUUUUGACAUUUUAUCUUAUUGCUGCCAUGCUAAUGUACAAAUUAUUGGAUAUUUAUUUAAACCAAUAAUGGAACAAUUUUUACUUUUCGUCCAUUUUUCAUUUUAGAAACAUUUCUCGCGAAUGAAUACAAAUAUUGUUUUUGCUUAUUUUCACAUGCAUUACAAUGUUAUUAAUUUAGCGCGGCGAUAUAUUAUGAGAAAUAAGCAUACACUUUUGCAGCAUUUUCCCUUAUAACGAAAUGUUUUCUUCAAUAAGUAAACACGUGUCGCUAAGGUCGUCCGCAAAGAUCAGAGGUCUGUGCAGAAAUCUGUUGCUCUGUUAAUGGUACAAAAUCCAACUAAGUACAUAGGUGCAAUUAAACAUGAAUGCUGACUUCUUUAUAUAAAUAUUGGUUAUAAACACAUUCGGUUAGUUGAAUUUAAAUUGAUUAUAUUACAAGAUAAGUAUUGAUGCAAAGCAUCAAAGGGCGUCGGGAAUUUCAGUGUAAAAGGCACUCAAUGAAGUUACAUGGAACGAUUUUUUUUCUACUGUAAAUAUUAAUAUAUUGGCCGAUUAUUUUAAACAAAAUAGAAAAAGAUACUGGUAUAACCAUUAUCUAUGAUGUUGUGUUAUAACCCCCAAAUAACCAUUAUUUAUGAUGUUGUGUUAUAACUUCCAAAUAACCAUUAUCUAUGAUUUUGUGUUGUAAUCCCCAAAUAUUUUAUAGUUUAUUUUAUUUACAUUGGUUUCCUUUUUUUACUGGUUUCCGUGCGCAGUUUUCAUUAAUGGAACAGAACUGUGUAGGUUUUAAAAAUCUGCUUCAUCUUGUAAGCGUAAUAUCAUAUUUUUCUCAACUUCAAGGGGAGAUGAUUCUGAACGUAUUCUUACGUUGCUCAUUUACGAUAGGGGUUUAGUACUCAUUGAUAUGACAACACUGUAAAAGUUUGAAAAAAAAUUGAAUGAAAACUGUCAAUUGUAUAAAGAAGCUGCAUUUCGCAAUACUUUUAAAUUCAGUAAAAGAUAAUAGAUUAAUUGCUGUGAUAUUCAUCAUUUUCAAUAGGGUUCGAGUAAUACUGAUAUAAAAAUAGUUAACAAGUUUGGAAAGAUUCAGACGAAAGCUGUAAAAUCUUUUAAACAAGUGGAAAUUGUUUAUUUUGUCAAAUUUAAUAGAAAAAAAAUCUGGACUUAUUGUCCCGAUGUUUCUCAUUUAAAAUGAGGUAAAAAUGCUCAUUGAUAUGAAGACACUGUAAGUUUGGAAAGAAUCUGAUGAAAAAUGUUGACAUAAUCACCUAACCAAGCAGUUUUUCACUUUUAUUUUUAAAUUCAAAGAGACAUAAUUCUGGACUUAUGGUCCGAUAUUGCUCAUAUAGAGUUUGGGUUGGGUCCUCAUUGAUAAAAAAAAACCUGUGAAAGUUUGGGAACAAUCGGAUGAAAAUUUUGGACUUCGAACAAGGAUUUCAAAAUUUCUCAUCUUCUAAGGAAGAUAACUAUGGACGUAAUGGUUGGAUAAUGCUAAAGGGCCAAUACAACAUGGAUAGUAAUACGUGUCGCGCUUCGCGCUCUAUAUGUGGUUCUUAAAAAAACACUCCGAGGAGUGUUUGACUCUAGGGAAACGGGUUGCCGGGACACAGGUCCUCCUGGAUAAGCGGCUGCUUCUUUUAUCGCAACUCGUUGUUGCAAUCAAUAAUACGUGUCGCGCUUCGCGCUCUAUAUGUGGUAGGGAUAGGCCUAUGAUAGAAAACCAUAAACAUACAUGGAUAAUAAAUGUGUUGUUUGCAUUUAUUGGUUAAUAUAAAAACAAGUGUAUUUUUUAUAAGAUAUAUAAGUGAUGUAAGAAACUUUAAUUAACGUUGUCACCAUGUUGCAUCCAUUAAUUAAAAAAAAUGUCCAAUUGUAGUAAAAUGGAUUUUAAAAUGUCUACAUAAAAUAAAGCUUUAUUAUAUUUAUUAACCUGACUGAAAAAAUUGUCAGCCGCCGAACUGUUCCGUUCGUUCAUCAUUAGAUGACUGUUGCGUAAGCAACUUCAGUCAAACGCUCUCCCAACUGAGCUAUUCCCCCUGACAUUCUUUUAUGUACUGCUAUUUGAUGAAGUAGUAGUGUAUAGCGAUCGUUAUUAUAUGUCUAUUAAUAAACUAAUACAUUGUACGUUUUCGUACCACUACCUCUUCCAAUAAACUUGCUUGCGCGAUAGGUCGUCAAAUAUCGUAUUACAUUGAUUCUUCACUUAAUAAGCAAAUUAGAAAAA